AUGACAGUCGAGUACAACUCCAGCCCGUCUAUCACCGCCUGCCUGUACGUCCCCGUCCCAGACUCCGCGCACCCCUCCACACCCAAGUGCACCACCACCUGCCCCGCUAUCCCGCGCAGCUCCCCCAAAAACCUCGUCCCCACUCGCCGGAAAAUCCCGGGGGAAACCAGAACAACCACCCUCUCCCCGUCGAAUAGUUUGUCGAUUGCCUUCAAAGACAGCCGCGGCUCGUUUACGUACUCGUCGGGGACGAUUGCCGACACCUUCACCCGAGCCGAAUUGGGGAUUAAUUCGGCCACUUCCUUCAUGAAGGAAGCCCAGUGGGCCCCGAGCCCGAUCUCGAAAUCGAUGACGUGGAUGCUGUUGGAGCCGUCUAGUGCCUCGAGCACUGCCUGGUUGGAUGUGAACGCGGAGAAGAGCGGGAUCGGGGACACCGCGGAGAAGGGACUGGAGGGCCUCCUUGAAGUAGAAGGCGGCUCGCUGGAGAGGCUUACCCGUGGGGGAGACGAGGCGUUGGUUGAGCCGGGAAAGGAUUACGUGUCCGAGUUGGACCGAGUUGGUGUCGAAGCACUCGGCGAGUCGGAUAAGCUCGUCCACGUAGUCGUAGCCGAUAUAUUCGUUGUCGAAAGAGUUUAUGGCGGCCACGGGGUACGUGGAGAUGUCCGGGAGGAACUGAGCCGGGUCAAGGGGAUUGGCGACAGGUGGCAGUGGCAAGUCGAUCGGGCUCGGGCUUCGGCGGAGGUCGAGGACGGAUUUCGGCUCGUAAGUGGCGGCGGCGGUGGUGGUGGUGGUGGUGGUGGCGGUGAUGGUGGAAGUAAGUGGCUUGGGGUUUUGGGUGUUUGCAGGGAAGGGUACUUUCAUUUCUUGAAGAAAUUAGAGAGAGGGGAAAGGCGUCACGGCGGCGGAUGGAGCCGACGAGACGCAGCGGUGGUCGGAGACGAGUCUACGCAAUGGUGGUUGGAUGUGAGGCGACGCGGCGGUGAUGGACGAAGGAAAGGCGAUGCGGCAUCUGACGGAGGAGAUGGUAGACGAAGGCAACGAGGCGAGGCGGCUGACAGAGGCUAUGCGACACCGCAACAGACGGUGGUGAAGCACGACGCGAUGCGAACGGAGGCGGCGCGACGUGACGGUGACCGAGACGAGACGGCUGACGGGCGAGGCGACGCAACGGCAGCUGAGGCGGCGUCACAGGGCAUUGCGGAGAGGAUUCAGGGGACUCAUAUGUAA